AUGGUUCCCCUGCUUGUCGCCAUCACCACCUCCACUGCCAUCGCAAACAACCCCCGUAUUGCCAACUCCCUCCCAACACCCGAUAUUGCCUCCACCGCCACCUCCACCUGUCUUACCACCAUUGACCGAAGAUUCCUUCAAAACGCCGCAUCGGAAGACCGGCAAACAGAUGAUUCAAAUGAACAAGAGGAAGCCACGAGGUCCGAGGAAGACGUCCAUACCAAAAAGGAAACCCAUUUUACGGGAAAGCAGAUCUUUUGUGAGCAUUAA